GGCUCAUCACUAAUACAUUGACUUUGCAUUGCAUUCACUGUUUGUCGAUCUCAUCGAAAACAAUGCUUUUUGCAGUUUAUGUUUUAAACGCUUAAGAGUUUUGGUGAUAAUUUGGUUACAAUUAAGUGAUAACCACUCUUUUCAUUGCAAUUAUGUUUCAAAGAUUUUUAUUAAUUGUCUUAUUAUUAGUUCCCAUAUCUGUAAUUCUUCAGCAAAAUGGACUUUCUAAGUCUUCCUAUGCAAUGGCUGCAGAAGACACCAAAUCAGAAGAUACACCCGAUGUAGUUGAAGGAGAAGAAGAGGCUAAUGUUGAAGACAGUGACAUAUUGAAGUCUACAGAAGAAACUGAUGAUGAAGACAGUGAAUCGGUUACAUUAAAGCCGUCUCCAGACAUCAACACAUUCUUCUUAUUGACAAAACCGGCGCAAACGACAUUAGAACUUCCCGCUGGAAAAGAGGUCCACUUUUUGGUCGGAUUUACCAAUAAAGGCACAAAAGAUUUUGUUGUCGACUCAAUGGAUGCCUCCUUUAGAUACGCUCAAGACUUUAGUUUUCAUUUGCAAAAUUUUUCUGCCAUCGCUUACAAUCGAUUGGUUAAACCUAAACAAGAGACCACUUUGGCGUAUCAACUGUUUGUAAGUGAGGCCUACAGCGCCCGACCCUAUGGUUUCACUGUUAACCUCUACUAUAGAGAUUCCGACGGAAAUCAAUAUUUGAAUGCAGUCUUCAAUGAAACGGUUAAUAUCGUUGAAUUGGAUGAAGGAUUAGAUGGCGAGACAUUCUUCUUAUAUGUCUUUUUGGCGGCUGUUGUUGUCUUAGUGGUCGUCGGAACCCAACAAUUCUUCAUCUCCUUUGGUAAAAAGCACAUUUCUUCGGCCAAACCUAAGACAGAAAUGGGAACUUCAAAUCCAAAUGAUGUCGACUACGAUUGGUUACCACAAGAAACACUUAAUUCACUCAAUAAGUCACCAAAAGUAAGGCAAUCUCCUCGACAAAGAAAAGUGAAGAGAGGAACGGGUUCUGGGGAUGAAUAGCUAUUUAGUGCCUAAUUAUAUACAGUUUAUGUAUAUAUAAUGAUUACUCAUAAACUUUGAAAAAUUGU